ACUGAAUGGUUGAAUUUUCAGGAAGUUAUUAUAAAACAGUGAGUGGACUGUUCACCGUUUCUUCAUUCCUUAAUUGUAGCGGCUUUGACUCUGACCUGUAUGAAGUGAUCUAUGAAAGUGUGAAAUUGCAUAAACAUUCGCAGCCCACAUAACACGACCACCAUUCCUGUCGAUGAUACGAGGCGUAACAACAAGACGACGCGAAAUGAAGUUAUAGCGGGAUUUAACGGAAGCUUCUUGCCCGAAGGAAGACAUUACAACGGCUGGUGUAAUCCCGAACUAUCCUCCAGAGUCGUUACGAUGAUUGGUCGCUCUUCGAACGAACGUUUACGGUGAUUUUGUUGACUCCCAAUGAAAGACCGAGCUACCUUUCGAAUUAAUACCGGUCGCACAAAGAAUGAUUAGUAUUAAUUAAGUUCCUUUGCGCGGACGUCACUGAGACUAUGUAAAUCGCUGGCAAAGAACAAACAAAAGAAAAACAGAAAAACUGAAGUCGGAUUAACGAUUCGAACAAUUCGAUUCUGCUGGAGAUUAUACCGCGAUGAAAAUAACUAACCAGAAAUAUCUACGCGGAUUAAGAUUUUUAUAGAAUCGAUCUUGAUUAAGAAACUAAUUUUCCUCGUCAGUGGCUUCACCGGAAACAAAUUCAAUUAAUAAUACCGUUGAAUGCAUUUGCAAGAUAUGUAUUCAAUUUUCACCCGUUAACACGGACGACUGUUAUAAUCGUCAGAUUUUUGUUUACACACCGGCACGUGAUUAUAACAGUGAUACAUUUUUUAAACUAGCAAAAAUCGUAUUAAAUAUUUUUCAGAAGCAUUGAAUUUCCAUUAAACAUUUUAUGCCGUUAAACGAAUCUUUCGAAGAAAAAGUGUGUUUCCGUGAUUGGUCUUGAUAAUGGUACCCGUUAAUGGGUUAAAUAUUUAAAUAGCUUGUCAACAGCUUCUCCAGGAAGAAAAUGAAUCAACGAUGUUAUUGAACGUGUUUAUGAGAUAUAUUUCACUCAACUUUAUAUGUAUUUCGAUAUCGUGGAAGCCGACAUCCGCGGUCCAGUUCAAAAACAAUCAAACAAGUAGUCAGAGGUAAAACACACGCAGCAACAUUCUCGACCCCCAUGAGAAAUUCCUAGGUGCACGGUUGGAAAUCAAACUCAACUAUCGUUGGACGUUGCAUCAGCAUCGGCGACUUUCGUCUUUCGACGAGCUGCAACGGUGCAACCAGUGUCCACCAACCGUAAUCUUAUCAUAGUGUAACACAGGCUGGGAUAACCAGCGGCAGUGUUGUUGUACGCGUUUACCAUCGACAACGAGCGUUAUUCUUAACGAUUCAGGCGGUAAUGGCAUCGGGCCAUGCAUACAAGGUGUUCCGUUCGAAACGAGCGAAUUCAGCCGCGAAUCGAGUUUAUCUAUACUUAUUAAUCACCAACGAGAAUUGAUAUUUCUUAAUUAACACGUUGACCGCCACGGCGCACACCGAUGAUCGUGGUUUCCGAAUUACAAGAAAAUAAUGAUUACUGGUAAGAUAACUGACGUCGAAUACAAAUAUUCAGUAGCGUGAAUAAUUAGAUUGUCGUGUAACCUAAGAAUUGUGAUACUAAAUAAUUAAUAAUUCUUCUUUUCUCAUUAUUGCUAGGAAAAGAAUGAGUGACAUAUAAAACGCUGUUCUUCGUGACAGUUAACGUGUUAAAAGAUACUUUUGAUUGACACGUCGAAUAUCGCGUUAGUCACGCGUGUCCGACAAUAAGGUUCUUCUUUACACCUUAUUGAUUAACUACGCCCUGUAUAAAGUUCGUUAUAUUAUUACAUUUUUUGUAUUAUUAAUUUGUUAUGUUGAGUGUAACAAUUCUGGUGAGGGACAAUGAAAAUUUUGUUUGGCCACCGGUGACUGACAGUAAAGGAUUUAUUAGAUUGUUAUUUAUUACUGUGUGUCGUUGUAGACAUUGUAAACAUUCGUUGAUUGAUUGGAUAAGUUAGUUUACGCAGUGAUUCGUUUCACUAAUGCCAAGAUAACCUCUAAGCAUCUGCGAUGAUUGAAUGAAACCAAUAAUUUAUAAAUUAAUUACGGGACACCCUGUAUAUACAAGUUGUUCUGAAACAUCGGACGUUUGAUAAAGCAUCUCGAUUAAACGCAUUAAUUUCCGUAAUGUCUGUUUCGAGAUAGAAAGGCAGAAUUCUUCUCGAAUAUGGGAAACGGUUAUCGCAAGUGUUUCCGUUGGAAAAAAAAAGAACACCACUUUACUCGACGUUCGCUUAUACGGUUGCAAGUAAAUAGCUAAAUUUUUGUCUUACGUAAUUAUUUAUAAUCUUUUAUGGGGAGAGAUUAGCAAUAGCAACUUUAUUUCUUUCUUUAAAUCAUUCAGUCGAAAUACAAGUACUUCUAUGCGUGUGUUACAUGUACACGUUGUAUAAAACCGUUUCAGUUUAAAACGAACAAUCGUUUGUAAAUGAAAGAGCUUUUAACAAAUUUCUAAAUACUACAGAAGAAGAAAAAUGUAGAUUGACAUGUUGCUGUUUAAUUAAUGAAAUUAUUUCCUUGUAACUUAUGAUUUUAAGGACCAAACUUCAAUGUCGCCAAUACGUUAGCAUUCGUCUUCAAAAGUUUCAAAUAGUGCCGUAAAAUCAUCGUGUUUCACUAUAAUUUUGAUAGGUGCACCCGCAUUUGAUACAUGCUCUAUGAUCUACGUAAAGAAAUUUAUUACGUUUCCUUCGGUUCAUUCUCUCCCUUUUCAUCUCCCGUUUGAGUCGGAAUAAUUUCUUUCGUUUUAGGCUCUUUCGAUUCCUCAGCUACUUUUUCGAUCUUCGAUUCCACCUUUCUUCUUGGCUUCUUGCUUUUCUUUGGUAGUUCUACGGUAGCUUCUCUGGACGACUUUUUUCUGAUCACCUUUAACAGACAACGACACACCGGAUCGGUGAUUCAGGUUUUUCAGCUGUGACCGUUCUUUACUUCAUGAAGAAGAGAUUACAACUUUUCAUCCAUGGUAGCAGACUUCAUUGAUAUUGCAUUGCCAUAAAUGCAAGAUGAUCAGUGUGUAUUGCCAUAAACGCAAGGUGACCAGCGUGUAUUGCCACUUUGUCGCUCAUCGUUGUACUUGAAUAGAAUCAGUGUCAAUAAUUAUUUAUUACAACGCGAUUACCUCGAUUAGACUAUUAAUAAUAGAUGGAAUAUCGAGUUAUUUUGAUAAGGAAUGUCCGACGGCAAACUUUAUAUUGUUAAAACCGAACAAAACGUAAACAAGUGCAUGUACGAUAGCUGAAUUCCAUAGUGUCGAAGAAGAAAAGUUAUAAUCUCUUUAUUACUGAAGUGCAUAUAGAAUUUUAAUUGAAUUGCGCAGCAAUAGAAAUGGCACUAACGGUCGAAUAGCUUUUAUUCAUUAACACGAGUCGAAUGUCUUUGUGGAAAUGAUAUUUCUCUUACGAUCGUGCAACUGGCGUGCCAGAGAAAAGAUGUGCGGUGAAUGGGGAUCGUGGCAAGAGGUAAAACAAUUUUCCGUAUUUUUCCCGUUUUUAACGAUCGAUAAUUUAUUGUUAUUUGCACGAGUCGUAUUAGACUUUAUGAUCCGCGCGAUAGCUAGUAGUGAACUCAAUCGACAUCCAUAACGAAUUCAAGCUCUGGGAGAGGAUUGGAGGAAUGAAAAAAUCACGUUCCCUACCAUACGCUGUAAUAAUUUCUUCGUAGUCGGCUUUCUAUUGUGUCUUUUGUCCCAUAUUUCCUUCUCCUGCCACCAAAUACGCUGGUAUUCGUUCGUGAUCAGCUGUUCUAUGCAAGGCCGUUUCUCCCUGCACACGAUUUCAAGCAUAUUAAAUUUCUUGUUCAUUUCACAACUUCAUUUUUCAUCUGUCCCGUGGCGUACUUUCUAAAAAUAAACUAGGACCAAUUGAAAAUUCUGGCCGUACGUUUGCAUUUGCAAUUUAAAUAAAUAAUUAAUAUGCAUUAAUCAUUUGUACUAAUACAUUAUCUACCUGCGGUAGAACGGUAUGUUCGAGAUUAAUGAUCAUCGCAUAAGGAUUUCUUAAUCGAACUUUCUAUGGCUAUUGUAAUUACGUCACUCGAUAGAGUGUUGCUGAUUAAUGUAAAUAAAUAAAUGAUUGACGAAUAGAAUAAAUGAAUAAGAAAUUGGACAGAAUAAAGAAAUCGACUGAUUACUUUUCGUAAGACGGGACGAAGACCUUCUGCGAUGUGUACUGCGAAGAUAUGAUGUUGUCCGGUGUCUUCAGAGGCACGGCGGCCGACCACUGUCUAACUUUCAUCUCGGUCACGGGCGCGUUCAUAUUCGCCAGUCGAGUGAUCUCGUCGAGCAAUAAAUGUCCAGGUUCUAAAACGUUCAAAGUUAACUCGAACUAUUCCGACGGGAACGAAUCGAAACGCCAUAAAAUGGCGGACCGUCCGACAGAGGGUUCAAAUUCCGAAUAGACUCACGUGAACGUUGACCCAGAUCGAGGUCAAAUUUUUAUCGAAUCCAUUUCUUCGAGUGUUCAUGCACGUAUUCUCACAUGAUACACUUAUUCCUUGUCUCAUACAGGGUGACCUUAAAGGUAACACGCUACCAAGAAAACUGUGACGUUUCUUUCUGACAGCGACUCUGGUAUACCAUAUGUAAACAAAUUUCUGGCAGCAAAUUCAGUACACUUGAAAUAAUAAUAAAAGAAAAUAUUUUUGCUAAUGGAAAAUAAAAGGAAAAAAAAUUACAAGUUACUUGGUACUGCAUCUGCGCCAGCAUUUUCGGAACAUUUAUCACCUAAUACCUUUUUCGUUAACCCUAGAACUACCAAACAUUCAAAUUAAUUUCUCGACAUUCCUCUAUAGAAACUUCUACCGUGCAUCCAUCAAGACUUCGAUCGGUUUGCAAUUCAGUUAGAAUAUAUCUAAAUCAGUUUUUUCAGUAAUUUCUCAGAGAAGCAUCUGUUAUCUUCGCAAUGAUUCCAAACAGAAGAAACCAGGAAUGAGACACUUUGACGUCUGGUAGCACCAGCGUUCUUCUCGCGGAACCACGAAGAUCAUCGUAAAAAACGCAAUUGAAACAUCUGCAAUUUCGUUCUAUUUCAUUUUGUAAUUUCACCGUGCAAUUUCUAAGUAAGCAAUUGUCGACAAUUGUCGUAGACACAGGAACGAAACCUGCGGUCGACGAUAGUUUGACGUGGCCAUUAACGCGAAGGGUGGAUGUAAGUAUCUGGGUGAAACGGGAACCGACACAAAGUGAUAUUUGCCUGAUAACCAGCCUGGAAAACGUUCUCGCAUCGCGUUAAUGGGUUUAGCACUGACCACGUGCCCCGGUUGAAGCAAAUGUGGCCCACAAACCUUCCGCCGGCCGUUUACAUCGUGAUUAACGACGUCCAUAAAGUAGAGCGUUACAAAAAUUUCACUGCGAAAAUUAUGAUUUUUCGAUUCAAAUUUCCGCCGGCACACCGCGCCUGAAAAACCCUCAUUUCAUCGGGCACGUGACAUUUAUUCGUUUAACACUCGAACGAAUCCAGUCGGAACGAUCAUUGACGACCACUUAAGAAUUAGCUUUACCCGUGAUAACAUCACCGACGAAAACAUUAAAAUCAGUUGUUUCUUUUUUAAAGCUGCAAUAAACCUUUUUCAAUACGACUUUUUGCGACAUGUUCCACCACGUCCCGACGUGCCGAUUCUACGUUUUUGUUACCGGUUAUUGCUGAAAAUCAAUAAAAAAUCAAGGAAAUGUUCGGUAAUUACGCAAAUUUAGAUAUGAUCCUUGCAUGAGAUAUUCUUAUCGGAAACAAUCGGUUUUUCUCUUGGUCGCGAGCGUGGCCGUUACGAUGAUCGUUUGAAUUUUCCGCCAUACGUUCGUGCGCGCGUAUUGCGUCAAUUAAAUCGGUAUUUAUAGCUCCGGCACACUUAUUUCUUCGACGUCGUUCAGCCGAUCGAAAUUGUAGCAGUCGGCGGGAUCGCGAUCCAGUUCUCGUUAGUUACGUCCAAUUUUCAUUAAAAUUCUGCUAAUUUAAAAGAGAUUUAUCUCUUCUGUUAUUGUCAGGUUUCCCAUCCACGCCGCGACGCGCGAUCGGAAUCCGUGGGAUCGAAAUCAUCCGCGCGCGAUACGAUCUCAUAAGAUUCACCGAAUUCUUUUUCUUCAAGUCGCGGCGUAUACCUGUAUACCGCGCACAAGCGGAAGCGGCUCGAUCGUCGGCCGUUUAAAUCGAACGAUAAACCUCGGUGCGAAAAAAUUCAUCUACGCAGCAUCGAUUUUGCGGCGGAAGGUUAAAAAGCAGCAGGUUUUAUCGAAGGCGCUCGUGUUUCCCGGAAAUUCAACAAUAGCGACACGACGAUUCGAAACAUCGGUCUUCUUCUAGCUCGAUCACGUUGAAUUUUAAUUUCUCGUUAGAAAUGAAAAUCGAAAGGAUCAAAAAUCAGGAACGCUCGAAAUUGUGUAACGUUACUCUUCACGUGCCAGAGAUACAAAGACUAACUAUCAAAAUGCAACUUUUGAUGCAACAGUAAUUUCUCACUUGUAAUCAAGUAGCUCAGCGUAAUCGUGGUCUAAUUACUAUUUCUGAGCUCUGGAGAAGCGAAAGCUCUCGCGGAAUGUUCUCUACCAUGUUAUUAACGAUUAAUAAUUAUUAUAAUAUUAACAAUAAUAUUAAUAAUAAGUAUAAAAUCAAUAUCGAUUAUAAAAUGAUGAUAAUAUUAAAUAUAAAAUAGUAAUAAAAUAAUUCUAAAAUAGCAACAAUAUCAAUAACAUCAACAAUCAAUAUUAACAUUGGUACUCGUAACAGUGAUAUUCAAUUAAUCCAAGAAUAUCCACAAAAGCUUGCCCCGAGAGCCCAGAAACAGAAGUCACACUAUUAUUCCUCGCCACUCGAUCAUCACCUGUGAUUUACUCUAAUCACCGCAGAUUACCAACGACCGACGAUCGUAAACAAUUAUUCGCGAUCGGAUCGACAUUGGAAUCGUAUCUAAUCAGAUCACACCUUGAACACUAAUGUACUAAUUGAAUUUGUUCCCUGUUGGAGCUGCAGAGACCAGACACCGCUGCGAUCCGUCUAAUGCCCGAAGUGGAAGCCAGGCCGCAUGGAGGAUCCUAUCGAUCGCGGCACCGCCAUUUCUUCUAACGAUUGCGAUCGACGUGACCGCGUGGCGGCCGGUGGAAUCGUGCGCCGCGAUGGGAACCGUACAACACCGAGGAGGGAGUCGGGCACCGAUAUGGGAGGAGUUCCAUCGAGUUCUCUCUCCGUUCAGAGACUGCAUGGAGCAGAGGUGGUCUCUGCUCACCUGAGGAUUUCAGGUGGCAGUCGCCCUGCUGAGUUGUUCAGCGACGGGUACCUCUCGUAAGCGGGACACCGACGACGGUCGUGAUCCAGAGGAUCCCGCGAGCUCUUAAGCCGAGUUCUCUUAACACUACUGCCACAUACCUGACAACGCGCUCUAACAUAUAUCACGCACGUCAGAUAGAUAGAGACAGGGAUAGAAACAGAGAUAGAGAGACAGACAGAGAGAGAGAGAGAGAGAGAAAGAGAAAGAGAAAGAAAGCGAAAGAGAGAUAGGGAUAGAUAGGCACUACGAUGCAGGAUUUUUACAGUCGCCUUAAACACGGACAGUAUACACGAUCGGUCGACCGAGGUACACGCGUUUUUCACGCGCCGUGGUCCGGCGCCAGCGUCAGCCGGAUCAUUGCUAGGACACUUAGCUACCUUGUCUGAGGACUCGUCGAGGGACUUCGGUAGCCCAACGAGCUCGACGACGAUCAGUGCGGUUCAGUGAGAACGGGUCCGGAGGAUUUUGCUUUUCGUUCUCUCGAAUGAACUGACUACAAGUUCCCAUUGCGUUGUGUGUCAUGGGGAAACGUUGGGACUGUCGGUGAUCCGUUCAAAAAUACUCUCGCGGGGAUUGAUCGGUGAACAGUGAAAUUUUCGAUCGAGUCGGAGCAUGAUGGGAGAAGUGAUCCGGGUUUCUGGGAGGGCACCUGACGUCGGAGAGUUCCUGAAGGAGGCGAUGCUAUCUCAGAGGUUCGCCGACGUCGCCCUUUGCUGUCCCGACGGUCAAAGGUUCCUCGCCCAUCGUCUCGUCUUGUCGGCCGCUAGCCCUUACCUGCAGGAAGUCCUGCUGGCGCACAGCAAAACCUCGUCGCACUGCGAGCCGAUCACAGUGAUCCUCGCGGAGGUGGAGGCGCCGGAACUUGCCGCGAUCCUCGGCUUCGUGUACACCGGAAACGCGACCGUGCCGCGGCCCCGAUUGAAUGCUUUCCUGCGGGCCGCGGAAGCGCUGCGGAUCAGGCUUCCACCAGUGCCGUUCUCGAUGACCUGUUCGCGGCCAGACUGCAAGCAAGAGGACGCGAUGGACGUGAAGAUCAGCCCCAGGUACCUACGGUGCGAUCAGUAUCCUUGCUGCGACCGAUGGUACGGAGAGCAAGAUGCGAACAACACCAUGGCCGGUAAGCGGGAGGUCUGCCCGGCGAUCGAGUCGCCGGAGACCGGCAGGGAAAUCGGACCGCUUCCCGAUUCGAUGAACUUUGCCGGGCCGAGAUACGGCUCGGUCAGGCACUGCUCCGCUACCUGGCCCGUUCCCGCGUUCCUGAACGCAGGCCAAGAGAAGAACGCCAUCCGCGUUCUAGAUCAGCUGCCUGAUAGGGACGGAACGCUUCAGACGGACGUCAGACGGUAUCAUCAUCCCGUCGUCGCGGUGCCGAGGAUUGAAAGGAUCGACGACGGCACCGCUACCGGCGCGGAGCACAGCGUACCACGGGCGACCUGUCAUUCACCGGCGAAGCAACAGGAGUUCUGCUUCUCGAGGAACGGCUAUGAGCUUCACAGGCAGCUGGACCCCCUAGAAUUGAGAAUGCGAAAUGACCAGAGGAAUAAUCGCGCGCAAGAAGACGCGGGAUGGCGACCGACGAGUCUGUACGAUGAUGAGAGGACUGUCGAAGAUCGAGGCAGCGUGAUCCGUUCGAGGAUCGGCGGUAGUCAGUGCGCGGCGUCGGUGCAGCAGCCCGCCGAGCGGCCCAGACAGCUCGAGAAACCAGAUUACGGCGAGGAUCUGACGUGCGGGGAAAGUUGCUUCGGCUGGAGGACACCGAAAAGGCACGUGGCCAAUCGCGUGAUCGCCUCCCCGUGGCGACAGACCGCCAGGCCUUAUCACUCGCCCAGGCUGCAGCCCAUCGUGCUUCUUCAGCCUCACGCGGACGAUGUCGAGGUCGGAGAAAGUUUGCGUCCGCCGGAAGCCCAACAGCCGGCAGCGAUUCCGUACAGUCCUAAUCUUCAGUUUCCUAAAAAUGCUGCGUCCACGGUCCAUUAUUAUGGCGUCGAGGCUCCUGUCAGCCGGGAAGUCCCAUAUAGCCCUGGUCCGAGGUUGUUGGAGGCUAAUUCGGCACCAGGGAUCAGAUCCCGGGAGUUUUAUUCGCCUCAGGUCCCAUUUCCGACUCCUCCGGAGACCAUUCCGGCUAUUGUAAACGAUACGACUGGCAGCGAGACUGUUCUGCAACCGCAGAACAACGUCGUGUCGACGACAACGAGGCUACCGUUGAUCGGCAAUGAGAAUGUUCAGCCGAAUGCUACUAAAAAGACCGGUUACUUCGGCCAGGCCCUGACCCAUCAGCUUCAGAAGCCGGAGAUCUCUCAUCCGGUUAGCAGACUAUGCGACACGAUCGAGUCUGAUGAUAAAAACGAUCGUUGUUUCGCUGUUAUGGAACCAGAGAGGCCGGAGAAAGAGCCGAGGAAGGACGAUAAGCUCGCGGAUAGGGUUAUUAGGAAUAGCGAUAACAAUAACAACGAUGCUAUCGUCGGGAACGAUGUUCCGCAACGUGGGAGGCCGGCCGCCAGCCAGGAGAGCCACAGAUGCGAUCAGUGCGGGAAGACUUUCGUUACCAGAGCAUCUCUUAAGGUGCACGUAAGGACGCACUCCGGCGAGAAGCCAUUCCGUUGCGCGGACUGUGGCAAGCAGUUCUCCCAGCUGCGGAACUACAAGUACCACCGCAGCGUUCACGAGGGCACCAGGGAGUUCGCGGCCACCUGCCCGGAAUGCGGCAAGUACUUCAAUGACCGGGGCUACCUGAGUUCUCACAUGAAGAUCCACCGUAACCGGAAGGAGUACGGGUGCGCGGAAUGCGGGAAAAGCUUCAACCAGCGGGUCGCGUAUAACAUGCACGUGCGGAUCCACACGGGUGUCAAGCCGCACCAGUGCGAGCAGUGCGGUAAGGCUUUCUCGCGAAAAAUGCUGCUGAAGCAGCAUCUCAGGACGCAUUCCGGGGAACGGCCGUACCAGUGCCAGGUCUGCCAGAAGGCUUUCGCCGACCGGUCCAACAUGACUCUGCACACUAGGCUCCAUUCUGGCUUGAAACCGUACCAGUGCACCCUGUGCUCGAAAGCCUUCACCAAGAAACACCACCUCAAGACCCACUUGAACUAUCACACCGGGACUAAGCCGUACUCCUGCCCGAACUGCGGCCUCAGGUUCUCGCAGAGCAGCAACAUGAGGACCCAUUACAAGAAGUGCACCGUGAACAAUCCCGCCGAGGCGAAAGAGGGGAUCGACGGGAACUCGGCCGAGUCCAAGGUCGGCCAGCCGAGGAUACUGCCGAGGACACCUGCGGACACCCUCACGCCACCUAACUCGGACCAAGAGCUGAGCAUACUGACACCCAUAUCGAAGAAUCCGUUGGAAGCUAGCGGGAGCUAGUAGCGAUUCAGGUAAUCUGAUCGGACCAUAGUGUGCUGUACUCCUUGUUGCAUUCUGACGGGGGCUAACGGUACUUGGUCCAGGGAGAGCUUGUAUAGAUUCACGAGCGUAUUCGAAGCCGAGGAUACACGCCGGGGCUGGAGGCCUAGCGGGACUAUAAAUAAAGUCCGUGUCCUCAGCUUCGGGACGAUCUCGGGGGAACAUGAUUUAGAGGAUGGGGCUGAUUUAGAGGAUGCUUAGGCGGCCGACCGGUGACUCUUUUCUUCAGGCAGCCUUUUCCUCCGCGAGGCCAAGUGAUUUAGAAUCUAAUUACCGUGUCGUUGAGUACACGAUCGCCUUGGAAAGCGAGUUAACGGUUAUUGGAAAUAUUCGAAUGUAUCGGAGAUUUCGGGUACCGUUUAGGUCGAACGCUGGUCGAAUCGAUUAACUUCGGAUUCUGGAUUGUCUAAGACUUGAUCGUUAAAGUAUUUUAUUGAAUCUUGACUUUAUUCAAGGGGAUUCUACUAAAGUAAAUUAUAGUAAAGUAAACUUGACGAAGCUGAAUGUAUUCUAUAAUGUUUGCUUGAUUUCCAAUUUGAAGGAAGAUUCUUGACGCGUAGGUGCUACAGCUUCUCUCUACUUUGUUGGCCAAUUAGCGGGUAAUUUUUUAGUUCGCGCGUACAAUAAAUUUCUAAACCUUCCUACUUGGCAAUCGAGACUCCGAUCGUUCCUUUGCAAGUACGCCACUUUUAGGAAGUAGUUUCUUGAAAGCGUUAACUGACUCUUCAAAGCGACCGUGUGUAUGUACUUUGUAACACGAUUACCGUGCUCAAAUGAAGGAAAGGGGUACGAACGGGGACUUGUUUUUCUACCAUUCCGCAGAAACGGAACGAAGCGGUAACGGAACUCCCACACAGAAAAAACUGACCGGGCCAUAAGAGUUGUCUCGGCCGGAGCGAAUGUGCAGGGCUAGCUAGCAGCCGGGUUAGACGUUACCUGAAGGCUUAAGCUGUGGAUCUUGAGCCGUUUAUCGAGACAAUUCGUGAUCCUCUUAGCUGCUCGAUCACCGGAGUCAUUCCGUUCGCUAGAUAACGUAAUGCUCUCCUGUCUCGAUCGCCGGGACGUGUCGGAGACCCGAUAUAUCUGUGAUGCAACGAGUCACGUAAUGACUUAUGAAUCGAGAAACGUGUUAGUUUAGCGAUUGCUUCGGCUGUCUUGGAAAUCCUCUUAGUAAGACCGAAAAGACUUGAAUUAACGAUCAACCCUUUGAGGACGAACAUUGUUAACAC